CUAGUCGUUACUACUACACUGCAAACACAACUCUACUCUACUCCAUUAGUCAACGAUUCAACAAAAAUGAUCGGAAGUGGAACAACAACCGCUCGUAACAGACUCAGAUCCCCCUCUCAAUCCGACGCCGAUUCUCUCCACCAAACUUCUAACCGUCACAGAGCCACAACCAAAUACGGUACCUCCAUUCCUUUAUUCAACAAACUCACCUUAAUCAAACUGUUUCUCGCAAUCACCUUCUUCAUCAUCUUCUUUCUCAUUCUCCGCCGCUCCGUUGCAGUACCUCGUCUUCCUCGUGUCAUUACGCCAUUUCCCGCGCCAAAGAUCAUGGACCUUCCUCAGUUUCAAGGUGAGCAUAAGGAGAGUUUGUAUUGGGGAACUUAUCGUCCUCAUCUCUAUCUUGGAAUUCGUGCUAGGACUCCACAAUCUCUGAUGGCUGGAUUAAUGUGAAUUGGUGUGAAGGACGGUAGCAAUCACUUGAGGCAUGUAUGCAAGCAUGAGGAUGACUUAAGUGCUUAUGGUUGGGGAAAGCACAAUGGACGUGAUUAUGGGCAUCAAGUACUGGUUGACCAUGGCAUGAUCUUGACUACUGAGUUCUUAAAAUCAAAGGGGGAUGUCAGUGGUUAUGGAGGGGACUGGGCAGUUCGAAUUGAUGUGCAGGUUGAUAAGUCUAAGUGGAAUGAAGAAUUUGGGAGAGAUGCCCAGCUCUUUUUCUAUUUGGCUGAUGAAGGUGGUAAUGUUCUUGAUGUAGGUAGAGAAAAAUUGAACAUUCGCGAGAGUUCAUUACUUGCAUCUGGCUCUCGAACAGACAUUGGAGACUGGCAGCUACAUUUAAAGUCAAUGGAUGAUCUAAAGCUGCAUUACUCUGGAUUUCACACACCUCACUUUCACAAUUUGUCUGAUCUUGUUGAGGGAAACCUUGCAUCACAAACAAGAAAGCAUGGUCAAGUGCAGCUAUCUGACUCAUCAGAUGAUUCUCCUAAUGUGUUAGCUUUUCAGAUUAUUGGUGGCUUUCCUUUCACUACAGAUAUCGUGUUUAUCUCUGGAACUGAUUCAGAAAAUUCAAUAGUAGAAGAGCGCGUCAAUAGUCUUGCAGGAGCCUCACUGUCAAAUGAACUGAAAUAUAAAGAACAAGCAUAUGAUGAAAAGAUUGAGAAAGUUUUCAAUUUGGCGGAGAAGGUGGAUUCGGAUUCCAUUUCUGUUGGUAAGGCUGCGGUUGGAAACUUAUUAGGUGGCAUCGGUUACUUCUAUGGCCAGUCAAAAAUUGCUCUGUCAAGAACCCUGAAUGAUAGAGAACAUGUUGAUUAUCUAUCAUAUUGGCCUGCUGAGCUUUACACAGCUGUGCCAUGUCGACCAAUCUUUCCAAGAGGAUUUUUAUGGGAUGAAGGUUUUCAUCAACUUGUAAUCUGUCGUUGGGAUGUUCAUAUUUCAUUGGAUAUCAUUGGACACUGGCUAGAUUUGAUGAACAUUGAUGGAUGGAUGCCGCGAGAACAAAUUCUGGGGGCUGAAGCACUAAGUAGGAUCCCACAGGAAUAUGUUGCUCAGCAUCCAACAAAUGGAAAUCCUCCAACUCUGUUUUUAGCAUUAAGUGGUAUAAUCAAUGCUUUGAAGAAUAAUGAGUUUAAUGCGAUGGAUAGAAGCGAGAUUUCUCUGUUUAUGGAGCGUGCCUUUGGUCGAUUAGAAGCAUGGUUUCAAUGGCUUAAUAAUACUCAAUCAGGGGAACAGAUGAGCAGCUACUAUUGGCGUGGACGGGACAAUAGGACAAUAUUUGAAUUAAAUCCCCAGACACUGUCCUCAGGAUUUGAUGACUAUCCACGUGCUUCUCACCCAAGUGCAGAUGAACGCCAUCUGGAUCUUAGAUGUUGGGUGUUACUUGCAGCAGAAUGUAUGCAUUCCAUUGAAGAGUUGUUGAAUAAGGAAACCAAACCUGGAAAGGUACAAUUUAGACAAGCAAACUUAGGCAGAAGAAAACAAUCACCUAAUUUAAUUGACAUAUUGACUGAAAUGAUGCAGAAUUAUGGUUCCACUGUGAAAUUGCUAACAGAUCUAGAGUUAUUGAACAAGAUGCAUUUUGAUGAGGCAUAUGGUGCUUACUUUGACUUUGGAAAUCAUACGGAAAAGGUUCGACUUGAAUGGAAAGAAUUAAAAGCAGGACACAAUCAUGCGACUCGCCAGCUUGUCCGAGAAGUUUCGGAGAGGCCUGUAUUGAGCUUGGUUCCUCAUAUUGGUUAUGUUAGUUUCUUCCCAUUCAUGGGGAGAAUCAUUCCAUCUGGAUCAUGGAUCCUGGAAAAGCAGCUUGAACUCAUUUCAAAUCGCAGCCAAUUAUGGACUGACUAUGGACUACGUUCUCUUGCCAAAACAAGUUCCUUGUACAUGAAGUACAACACAGAACAUGAUGCUCCAUAUUGGAGAGGUACAAUUUGGAUAAACAUGAAUUACAGAGUUCUUUCAGCACUGCAUCAUUAUUCAGAAGAGAAUGGACCAUAUCAGGACAAAGCCAAAGUCAUCUACAAAGAAUUGAGGAGCAAUUUAAUUAGAAAUAUGGUGCACAAUUAUCAUCAGACUGGAUUUUUGUGGGAGCAGUACGAUCAGGUUAAGGGGAACGGGAAAGGGGCACAUCCAUUUACAGGUUGGACAUCGGUUGUAGUGUUAAUCAUGGCGGAAGCAUAUGACACAAUUUAGGAGGAACACUCUUCCCAGCUUUCAUUCACAGCCACCACCGAGGCAAUAUGUCGUGCUACGCUGUAGUUGAAAUAUUAAAAUUUCUAGGUUCCAGUUUCUAUUAAUUUCUAAAGCCUCCCAAAUACCUCCCAGAUUGUGUUUCAUCCAAUUUAGCAUAGAGGGGGCAUUGACACUGAGUGAGGAAGGCAUUAAUUUCUGUAAUCCUGAUGUUUUGUAACUUGUGCGUUUGUCUUAAAUAAAGGCUAAAUUCUCAGUUUUAUGCGACACGAGAAACUCAGAAAAAAGGAAAACCAAUCAGCUUUGUUAAUGUUGACAUAAAUUGCACAAAAGAUGGACAAUCAUCUAGGUGUUCGAUGAUAUAACCAUGUAAUGAAGCUACAAAU